AUACUCAUUUAUUACCCCAAUACACCUAAGAAAAAAAAAAACAUAUAUGUAAAUUUUGGAAUUUUCUUAUCUUCCUUCAUUGGCCUUCUUUGGUACAAAGCCCAGACUUGAUUCUUCUCUCUUUUUUGACGACGAAUAUUGUAGCUGCAAGCUAAGCAGGCUAACCGGCUGAUGACGCUUAUUCUCCUCAUUAACUAAGCUCUUGUCAUACAUAGAAUUGGUCGAAAAUAGUUUACCUGUCAAUAAAUUCCUUCUCAUCCUCUUUCUUUCUUUCAUAUAUAAAAAAAUCCGUUAGGAGGGGUUACAUUGCGUGGCGAAUAUCUCUCAAAGAGGUAACCUUCCGAAGUAUUGGCCACGAAGCGACUGUCAAAAGUAUAUAAAACCGCUUAAGAGUAUACUUCAACGUCUAUGCUUUCACAGGACCUAGCGCUAUCAAAAACCAUUGACUCGCUAUCGUUUUCGAGAUUCGUAUAUACGCUUACCAUUGUCUUGGGCCCUCCACAUCAAAGGCAUUGCAGAGCCGCUCUACCGCCCCCUGGGACUUAUUGACGGCGCGCCUCAUCUCGUCAAGAUUUCGAAGGACCAAUACCGUCUGGGAGCAAUGGCAACCCCUCGAGUCUUUGUCGUUCGCCAUGGCGAGACCGAAUGGUCACUUAGCGGCAAACACACAAGCGUAACUGAUAUCCCGUUGACGGCUGAUGGAGAGAAGCGUGUGAAAGCAACUGGUCAAGCAUUGGUAGGGGAUGAUCGAUUAAUUGUACCUAAGAAAAUCGCGCAUGUAUAUGUAUCGCCGCGAAAGCGAGCCCAGCGAACAUUUGAGUUACUUAAUCUCGGAAUUGCCGGGCCCCUCCCGUGGAAGGUUCACGGCGAGAAACCUCCUGACGGAAGCCACUCUUGCGAUGCGCGGGUUGAGGUUACUGAGGACAUCCGCGAGUGGGACUAUGGCGAGUACGAGGGAAUCACAAGCCCCGAGAUUCGCAAAAUCCGCGCUAAGAAGGGUCUUCCUGAGGAUUGGGACAUCUGGAGGGAUGGUUGUGUCGGCGGCGAGAGCCCCGAGGACGUCACGCGUCGCGUGGACCGCUUAAUCAAAGAGAUUCGGGAAAAGUGGCACGCUCCCGUCAUAGGGAAAUCCAAGUCUGAAGAGCAACCCCCAGGGGACGUACUCAUUGUAGCACAUGGUCAUAUACUACGUGCUUUCGCGAUGAGGUGGGUAGGUAAGUCAUUGCAGGAUGGCCCAGCACUUUUAUUGGAGGCAGGUGGUGUUGGAAUAUUAAGUUAUGAACAUCAUAACAUCAACGAGCCAGCGAUACUACUAGGAGGCGCCUUUGUGGUUAGCCCGGAAAAAUAGGGGUGCUCCGGCGGCUGUUCCAGCAGCUAUAUAGGAGGUAGCUAAAUAUAUUACCUACAGAAUUAUAAUAUUCAAAUUAAGCACUUCAUGUUACAAUACAGGCGCGCAUUGUGCCAGCGAAAUUUACACUCUCAUUAUCUCUGAAACGCCUAUACCUCGUCAAAUUUACUGGCUGCUCUUUAGGCAAAAGAGAGAGAGCCACGAUACCAACAUGACCUGGAUAGGCAAUAUGUCCCUGCGAGCCUUCCGUGCUGGCGAAUACGGCCAUCCAAUUCCAUAAGCACCUCGCGAUGUCACAUAGUACAC